UAAGACAGCCACCACCACCUCCGAAAUUAAACAAGAAGGCGAAGAAAAUCAUCACCUUCAUCAUUUCUCUUGGGGACAAGACGAUUCUCCGAUUUUCCUCAAGAAUUUUUAUAAUCAUCAUUUUCUCGGAUUCGAUUCGUCUUCCUUGAGUCUCGAUGUCUUCAUGAAUUCCUAGGACAGCAAUGGAGGCUCGUCCGGUUCAGAGAUCAGGUUCGAGAGAGCUCAGUAGUAACCUCGCACGCACUUCUUCAAUCCCAUCUACACAAAAACCUUCAGCAGCAGAAGAUAGUUUUAUCAGAUCAGAGAACAACACUCAGUUAAUGUCGAGGCAUUUAGGACAAUCCUACCAUUUGCUUUCCUCUAGUAACGGUGGAGCUGUUGGACAUAUAUGUUCUUCUUCAUCAUCCGGUGGUUUCUCCAACAAUCUCCAUUACUCGACUAUGGUAUCUCAUGAGAAGCAACACUACGCAGGAAGCAGCAGUCAUGCUGCGCAGACACCGAGCAACGAUAGUUCUUGGUGUCAUGAUUCAUUGCCAGGAGGAGGGUUUCUUGAUUUCCAUGAAAACAACAACCCGGCGAUUCAAAACAACAGUCAAAUUGAGGAUGGUGGCAUUGCUGCUGCUUUUGAUGACAUUCAAAAGCGAAGUGAUUGGCAUGAAUGGGCUGACCAUUUGAUCACCGAUGAAGAUCCUUUGAUGUCUACUAACUGGAAUGAUCUCUUGCUUGAAACAAGUUCCAAUUCUGAUUCAAAGGACCAGAAAUCACUGCAAAUUCCGCAACCUCAGAUUGUUCAGCAGCAACCUUCUCCGUCUGUGGAAUUGCGACCUGUUAGCACAACAUCUUCAAACAGUAAUAACGGAACGGGCAAGGCACGUAUGCGUUGGACGCCAGAGCUUCACGAGGCCUUUGUUGAGGCUGUCAACAGUCUUGGUGGCAGUGAAAGAGCUACUCCUAAAGGCGUACUGAAGAUUAUGAAAGUUGAAGGCUUGACUAUUUAUCAUGUCAAAAGCCAUUUACAGAAAUAUAGGACAGCUAGAUAUCGGCCAGAGCCAUCAGAAACUGGUUCGCCAGAGAAGAAGUUGACACCGCUUGAACAUAUAACAUCUCUUGAUUUGAAAGGUGGGAUAGGUAUUACAGAGGCUCUGAGACUUCAGAUGGAAGUACAGAAGCAACUCCAUGAGCAGCUCGAGAUUCAAAGAAACCUGCAACUCCGAAUAGAAGAACAAGGCAAGUACCUGCAAAUGAUGUUCGAGAAACAAAACUCGGAUCUUGCCAAAGGGACAGCCUCGACAUCAGAUUCCGCAGCCAAAUCUGAACAAGAAGACAAGAAAACUGCUGAUACAAAGGAGCUCGCAUCAGAAGAAACCCGGAAAUGUGAGGAACCAGAAUCUCCACAGCCAAAGCGUCCCAAAACCGAUAAUUGAAAGAAUUAGUGUUUUGCUGGAUAAUCUUGGAGUUUCAGAGUUUAACAGUGAGAGAGAGAGAGAGCUCUUAUCUUGAGCUUCAGGACUUCUCUCGCUACUGUUUAACUAUUUUUCUGAUGGAAGACUCUCUCAACUCAGCUGUGUAGACAAAACAACAGAUCCCCGAGAAAGAAACAAAACAAAAAUAAAGAGUUUAGUUUGGGAGAAUCUUCAUCAUUCGAAUGUAAUCUAAAUGCUUAACUCAUUAGUUUUACCGAUACAGAUUUCUUAUGUUAAAUCUUUUUUAGAAUA